UAGAAUUGGGAGAAAACUAUUUCUCUGGUAGUCUCCCACAAGGGCUAUGCAUGAAUGGAUCACUUCAAAACUUCACUGCAUUUAACAACCAUUUCAUAGGUGUUCUUCCAAAAGGCUUCAAAAACUGCACAAGCUUAGUUAGAGUUCGACUUGAAAAUAACCAACUUGUUGCAAACUUAUCAGAAGACUUCGGGGUUUAUGAGAAGCUGAAUUACAUUGAUUUGAGCAAUAAUCAAUUGCAUGGUGAACUUUCAUCAACCUGGGGACAGUGCCAAAACCUGCAAGCUCUAAAGAUGGCUGGGAAUAAUAUUACUGGUAAGAUACCUACAGAGCUUGGGAUGUUAAAUCAACUGCAUGUCCUUGACCUUUCUUCAAAUUACCUGGUGGGAGAAAUUCCCAAGGAAUUUGGUGAGCUGAUAUCUUUGCUGCAUCUCAAUCUUAGUGACAACCAACUUACUGGGAGUUUACCAUUAGAAGUCGGAAGGCUAUACAGCCUACAAAAUCUUGACUUGUCAACAAACAGCUUGAGUGGACAAAUACCAAAAGAAAUAGGGAACUGCUCCAACUUAUUAUAUCUGGAUCUAAGCAACAACAGUUUGAAUGGAAGCAUUCCAUUUCAAAUUGGCAAUUUGGUUUACCUUCAACUUUUAUUGGAUCUAAGUCAAAACAGGCUCAGUGGAGAGAUACUGUCACAGUUUAAAAAUUUAGAAAACUUGGAAAAGUUAAAUCUCUCCCAUAAUCAACUCUCAGGUACCAUUUUUUCUGCGUUCGAUGGAAUGUUUAGUUUGACAUCCAUUGACAUAUCUUACAACGAGUUCGAGGGUCCACUUCCGAACAACAGAGCCUUUCAAAAUGCCACAAUAGAAGACUUAAGAAACAACAAGGCACUCUGUGGCAAUGCAAAGGGUCUGGAACCUUGCAAACCAUCCUUGUCUAAAGGAAAAAAAGCAAAACCAGACCACAAAGUCCUGAUUGCUGUAAUGGUUCCAUUGUUAGGUGUGCUAUUUCUUCUGUUUGCAGUUGUCACCGCUUGUCUUGUCCACCGAAAGGUAAGAAUCGUUGAGACAAAACAAAGAACACCACCACAUGAUAUGGAUCUAUUUUCAAUAUGGAAUUACAAUGGAAGAAUUGUGUAUCAAGAAAUUAUUGAAGCAACUGAGGAUUUUGAUGCUAAAUAUUGCAUUGGGAUGGGAGGAUAUGGAAGUGUAUACAUAGCAAAGCUGUCAACAGAUCAAGUGGUAGCUGUCAAAAAGAUUCACCAACCAUUACAGGAUGAGUGUGAGAAUGCCAACAUACAAACAUUUAGAAAUGAGAUUUCUGCAUUAACAAAACUGCGACACAGAAACAUUGUGAAGCUAUAUGGUUUUUGUUCAUCUGCACAACACUCCCUUUUGGUUUAUGAGUAUUUUGAGAGAGGAAGUUUGGCUAAGAUCCUCAACAACAAUGAGCUUGCAUCAGAAAUGGAUUGGAUAAGAAGAGUUAAUGUUAUUAAAGGUAUGGCAAAUGCUUUAUCUUACAUGCACCAUGAUUGUUCACCACCGAUCAUUCACCGCGACAUAACGAGCAACAAUGUUUUGCUGGAUGAAGAAUAUGAGUCACAUGUGUCUGACUUUGGCACUGCUCGACUUCUAAAGCCCGAUUCAUCCAAUUGGACUUCUCAAGCGGGUACGUGUGGAUAUGUUGCUCCAGAGCUUGCCUACACGAUGAAGGUGACCCGAAAAUGUGACGUUUAUAGCUUUGGGGUACUAACAUUAGAAGUGCUUAUGGGAACACAUCCAAGUGAACUCAUCUCUACACUAUUAUCACCAUCAUACUCAGAACUGUCAUCACCAAAGCAAAUGAUGCUAUUGAGAAAUGUGUUGGAUAAACGACCCUUCCCUCCCACGACUGAAAUGGUUGAAGAACUCAUAAUUGUUAUAAAGCUAGCAAUCUCAUGCUUAGCCACUAGUCCACAAUCUCGACCUGACAUGCACUAUGUGUCUGAGAAAGUAGAAACAAUCAUCUUGAAGCCAUCUUUUGCCUUGCGAAAUGCUUCGUGCUGAUGACGUUCUGAAUAUUCAAAGAAGAAAUCAGGUUCCUUUGUAAGUUAUUGUUUGAUGAUUUCUACAUUUCUCUAGUUUGCUUUGUAUUGGGUGGCAUCCUUUUUCUGUGUA